AUGCACCUGCUGCCCCAGCCUGGUCCCCAGCCAGUCGUCAUCCAAGGAAGCAAUCAGGACUUCCGAAAUCUCCAAGCUAAGUUCCAGGCCUCUCAGCAAGAGCCUGGGGAACCGUACAGAAAAACCCUAAAACCUGAGUUCAACCAACUCCUGAAGAAGUUUCCACAGACUGAAUUAAGUGAGCAGCCCAAGAAGGCCUCACAAUCUGAGCUCAGUACAGUGUCCUUGAAACCCCUGCAGCUACGGUUUGCAGACCUCCCCAAGAAGACUUCGCAGUCAGAGGUUCUCAGAAAGUUGUCGCAGCCUGAGUUCACUGAUCUACUCAAGAAGCCUCUACAUCCAGAGUUCACUGGUCUCAAGAAGCCCUCAGACGCUGAGUUCACAGAUUCCAAGAAGCCCCCAAAGCCCCAGUUUGCCAGCCUCCCCAAGCCCCCACAGCCUGAGUUCACUAAUCUCCCCAAGAAGCUUCCCAAACCCGAGUUUGGCGAGCUCACCAAUAAGUCUCCACAGCUUGAGGUGCUCCAGGAGCCUAGUGUACCUGCCCAGAAGCCCCUGAAACCCGAACUCAGCAAUCCUGCCAGGCCCCCAGUAGAGCUCAAACCUAUUACAUUCCCCAAGAAGUUCUGGCAGCCUGAGUCCAGUGAGGCCCCUCUGAAGCCCUUGCCAUCUGAGUCCAGUACUUUUCCCAAGAAGCCACUGCAGCCUCAGGCUGCUGGUUUCUCUAGGAAGUCCCUGACACAGCCAGAGUCCAGCCAAGUUCCUCAGACAUCCCUCUCCAAGCCUGGGACCAGUGAGUUUCACCCCCACUCCCCACAGUCUGACAUCAGUACCUUUCCCAAGAUGUCUCUGCAGUCUGAGUUUAAUGAGAACUUCAAGAAGCCUCCACAUCCUCAGGCCAUUGGUUGCCCAAAGUCUCCACAGCAGCCCAUGUCCUAUGAGGUCCCCCAGACACCCCCCUGGAAGCCUGAGUCAUGCAAUCUCCCAUCUUACUCCCCGCAGUCAGACUUCCAUGCAUUUUCCAAAAAGCAUCCACAGCUCCAGCUAAGUGACCUUACUAGGACAUCCUCAGAGCCCGAAGUCCGAAAAGUUCCUAAGAAGCCUCAGCACCCAGACCUCAAAGUGCUUCCUAAGAAGCCCUCACAGCUGGAACUGGGUCAUCUCCCUAGAACAUCCUCAGAGCCUGAGUUCAGCUCACUCCCCAGGAAGUUUCUGAAGCCUCAACACGGCAAGUUCUUCCAGCCUGACUUUCCCAAGGGUCUGCCCAGAAAGCCCAAGCUUCCUAGUUCAGUAUCAGAGUGCUCUCUGCCCUCUGCCUUUACGGGCUCCAGCCCCCAGUUCCCCCUCAGCCCUGGGUAUGGAGUCCCUGGGACACCCCGCUGGAGAUCAGAAGACUUGCAAGUCCGGCAACUGCCCCGGCGGAGGCCUCUGCCCUCAGCCAGCAGCCUGGGAUCCCCUCCAGCCAAGCCCCCAUUACCGCCUGUUCCCAUCAAUAUCCAAAGCUUCCGGAGAGGCUCAGCAACAGCCAUAGCUGUACUGAAGACCAGCUCUUCUGUGACCCACUUCCCAGCCCAAAAACCUCAACAUAUCUCGCAGAACCCGGACGAGAUCUAUGAACUGUAUGAUGCUGUGGAGGCCACAGGUGACUCUAGUCUCAGCCCCAGAGGCAGAGAUGAAGUGCAGUCUACCCAGCAAACCACCAGAUGGCCUCAGCAGGACACAGAGUUCAGGAAGAAUGCCACUCAGCCACAGCAGCUGCCACCCACAGACCCCAAGUUGCUGAAACAGAUCAGGAAGGCAGAGAAAGCUGAAAGAGAGUUUAGAAAGAAGUUCAAGUUUGAAGGUGAGAUCGUGAUUCACACAAAGAUGAUGAUUGAUCCCAAUGCCAAGACCCGGCGUGGGGGUGGCAAGCACCUGGGCAUCCGACGUGGAGAAAUCCUGGAGGUGAUCGAGUUUACUAACAAGGAUGAGAUGCUGUGCCGGGACCCCAAGGGCAAGUAUGGCUAUGUACCCAGGACUGCACUGUUGCCCUUGGAAACAGAAGUAUAUGAUGACGUCAGCUUCUGGGACCCUCUGGACACCCAACCGUUUCCUCAGGGACAGUAAGGCAGACAGACAAGUGGGUUCCAGGACCACCAACCCAGUCACUGCUUACUCAGAAGCCCUGGAUCCCAGCCUGGCAAACAAGCCCAAGUGUACAUGCCCACAUAAAACCUGUCUUUAAAACA